CUCACUCACACCCUCCUCCAGCACAACACCAACAUGGCCACCUCCACAAUGUCCAUCUGUUCCAGUGACCUGAGCUAUGACAGCCGAGUCUGCCUGCCUGGCUCCUGUGAGUCUUGCUCUGAUUCCUGGCAGGUGGACGACUGCCCAGAGAGCUGCUGUGAGCCCCCCUGCUGCUCCUCCAGCUGCUGCCAGCCCAGUUGUUGUGACACCAGCUGCUGUGCCCCUGCCUCCUGCCUGACCCUCGUCUACACGCCAGUGAACUGUGUGUCCAGCCCAUGCUGCCAGUCAGGCUGCACCAGCUCUUGCACACCCAUGUGCUGCCAGCAAUCUAGCUGCCAGCCGACUUUCUGCUCCUCAUCCUGCCAGCCAUCCUGCUGUUUGCCUGUCUGCUGCACACCUGUCUGCUGCACACCUGUCUGCUCAGGCACCUCCUCCUCCUGCUGUCAGCAAAAUAGCUGCCAGCUUGCUAGCUGCUCCUGCUCCCCCUGCCAGCCAUCCUGCUGCACACCUGCCUGCUGCGUGCCUGUCUGCUGCAAGCCCGUCUGCUGCAAGCCCGUCUGCUGCACACCCUCCUGCUCCUCCGUGUCCCUGCUCUGCCGCCCCGUGUGCAGACCCGCCUGCUGUGUGCCCGCCUCCUCCUGCUGCACCUCCUCCUGCCAGCCCAGCUGCUGCCGCCCAACCUCCUGUGUUUCCCUCCUCUGCCGCCCUGCCUGCCCUCGCCCGGCCUGCUGUGGCCUCUCCUUGGGCCAGAAGUCCUGCUGCUGACCAGCUCAGUGUUCUGGCCCUACAUGCUGCUUCAGCUCCUGAGCAGCACUGUCAGCUCUUGAGAGCCCUGCAUGCUGCCGUGGGCCAUGAGAGUCGUCUCUCUCCAGAUUGGUGGCUACAUAGCUGUUGUCUGAAGGGGGUUUCAAUGUACCACCCACCCCCUCUCUUUCUGAGGAACGCUAACUUGUCUACAGGGUGGACAGUGGGCCUCCGGGACACUUUCUCAGGAAGCUUAUUGAGUCUGAUGUAACAAAGUUCAAUCUCUACAACCAUUAAAGUGUUGU